GGCCCCGGGAAUUGCACCGGGAAUUGCGCCGGGAAUUGCGCUGGGAGCUGCAGCUAUGCCAGGACUGCUGCUGGGCGACGAGGCACCCAACUUCGAGGCGGACACCACUCAGGGCCGCAUCCGCUUCCAUGACUUCCUGGGAGACUCGUGGGGCAUCCUGUUCUCCCACCCUCGGGAUUUCACCCCUGUGUGCACCACGGAGCUGGGCCGGGCGGCCAAGCUGGCGCCCGAGUUCAGCAAGCGCAACGUCAAGAUGAUCGCGCUCUCCAUCGACAGCGUGCAGGACCACCUCUCCUGGUGCAAGGAUAUCAAUGCCUACAAUGGGGACCAGCCUGCAGAGAAGCUGCCCUUCCCCAUCAUUGCUGACAAGAACCGGGAGCUGGCUGUCAAGCUGGGCAUGCUGGACCCCGACGAGCUGGACAAGGAUGGGAUGCCCCUGACUGCUCGGGUGGUGUUCGUUUUUGGGCCAGAUAAGAAGCUAAAGCUCUCGAUCCUGUACCCAGCCACCACUGGGAGAAACUUUGAUGAGAUCCUGAGAGUGGUGGACUCCCUGCAGCUCACAGCAUACAAGAAGGUCGCUACUCCUGUGGACUGGAAGCCCGGUGACAGCGUCAUGGUCGUGCCCACCUUACCUGACGAGGAAGCCAAGAAGCUCUUCCCCAAAGGAGUCUUCACCAAGGAGCUGCCCUCGGGCAAGAAGUACCUGCGCUACACCCCGCAGCCAGAGUGAGGCGUCUGUGUGUCCGUCAGUCCUGCCGGGAUGCCAGAGCCUUCCCGAGCCCAGCUCCCGCCCGUCUGACACUGCACAAUCCACAGCCUGGCAGUACUAAACCAGCCCUCCUGUCCCUUUCACCCCCACAUCCCCUCAAAACUAAACCCCAGUGGUUUCCUGCCUCCAAGGCUGAGAGGAACAGAGCAGUGGGGACUCCAAGGCUCCUGCUGUGGUGUCUGUCCUGUUUGCUUCUAGCCAUGCUUGUCCCAGAGAAAUGCUGUGGUGAGAAGGGGUGUCCUGCUGGGACAGGGAGCUGCUGUGUGCCUUUCAGAGCAGCCAUCUAACCUUUGGUCCCAGGAGUAAGGGAGGAGCUGCAGAGCCAAAUCUCUCACUUGUUAACUGCUUUCUCAUCUCUUGCUGGAAGGUGAUUUGUUCCCAGGUUUUGUGGAAGAGGGAAUCAAGCAAAUAAACUGACCUUCAGUACUA